UGGAGUCACCGCUAAACCUUUGGCUCAAGGAAGUUUUUAACACUGUUUCGGACGGUCGAACUUAAAGUAGCGUUUAAUUAAAAAAAAAAGGUCUAUUCUAUUAUAUUGAAACUAGGAAACGUUAUUUAAAGAGAGAUACAAAAAAAAAACAAAUAUAGUAUAUUGCUUAUGGCGCUCAGUGUUGUGGAUCGGUUGUUUUGGUCAAGUGCUGCAACGUACGCAGUAGUCAGUGUCUUUCUGCUAUCAAGAUGUGUUUACAGUGCUUAUGAAAUCGUGAGAGAUCCUCUGAAAGGCAAACUCUCUGAGGAGUCACUCGCUGGCAGGACAGGUGAUGAGAAUGACAACGAUGAGGAAUUAUAUGCAACAGUAUUGUGGUAUCUUGCAAGGGAUAGUUAUUGUAUUUGGGUACUUGUGAACACAGUGUGCUGUUUUCUCCUGCUGAUGGCGAAAUGUAUCCAGAUUAUUGUGUUCGGGGAUCUUAGAAUAAAUGAAAAACAGAACCUCAAGGACAAAUUCUGGCACUUUAUUUUCUACAAGUUCAUCUUUGUCUUCGGUGUGCUGAAUGUGCGGACAGAGGGAGAGCUGGUUAUGUGGUGUCUGUGGUUCAUUCCACUUCUCUUUCUCCAGCUAUUGGCCCAGCUCUGCAAGGAUCGUUUUGAGUAUCUCUCAUUCACUCCCACCGCGACUCUAAGCAACCAUAAGCAUGUGUUGCUCGUGUUGAUGUGUUUGCUUGUGUCCUAUGGGGGGCUCACUGUAUCAUGUGGUCAUCUGGGUUACUCCAAUGGGUCUAAUGGUAAUUGUAUAUAUGAGCCAUGUAAUUAUACGGUAAGUCUUUUUCAAGACCUUCCACAUCAAACAUGAUAUGUGCCUUAAGUGAUAUCAGCCAUUCGGCUAACAACCACAUAGCUGUAUAAGCAAGUAGGAUGAAAAUAAAAAGUAUUUUUUAAACUGUCUUGAGACCAGUUUCCUUAAGAGGUACAUUCAUACAAAACACUGUUGGUUAAGCCUUUGACUGAUUAGGCUGCAAGGCAACAAGCAUCUGCCUAAUCUUUUGGAUGCAGUCAGAAAGUGUCUCUGAUUGUCUAAAAAAGUGUGAGCUACUCUCCUGACUCUUUUUUGCAAGUUUGCAAAGGGUUAUAGCGGAGGCAGGUUUGAUUUCUUAUGAAACCUUUUUCAUUGAUAUCUAUAUUAACAAUUAGCAGAAUCACAAAUUACACUACUUUCAUUUAAACUGAUCUGCUUCUAAAAAGUGUAUCUAUGUGCAGUAAUACAUUUUUAAGGAGUUUUAAUCAAGUCGUUUGGGACUUGAGCCACACACACACACACACACACACACACACACAUAUAUAUACCGUAUAUAUAUGUUUAUACGUAAGUCCCAAAAGACUUGAUUAAAACUCCUUUAAAAAUGUAUUACUGCACAUGCGAAUAAGCCGGUCUAUAAAUUUUUUUCUUGUAUCUUUAUGUGUUUUAAACUGUUUUUUACUGUUUUUUUCUCUGCUAUAAAUGACAAGUGAUUUUAUUCAGGUGCACAAUUCACCUGUAUGACUUGAGCUGUGAAGGUUCCUGGGAUGAUAAAGAGGUCUAUAUUUAUUACACAGACUUUAUCAUGGAUAUGGGCAUUCUUUGCCUAGACCUGAUGCAUCAUAUUCACAUGCUGGUAAGUUA